AGAAUGUCCGGACACAGAGAGACUGAGAGAUUUAAAAGUAUAAAAAAAAUAUUCUCUUAUUCCUCUGACACUGCUGAUCCUCGUCUUCGAAAGGUUUCUUGAUUCGCUAAUUCAGCUACCACCGGGAAGGAACCGAGAAACCCUAAGUCUUCAUCUCCACCCGAAUUCGUACAUGCUUACUUUUGCUCGUAGGAGGAAGAAAGCUAUGGAGUCUUCUGAUAAGGAGCUCGAGCUGAAGUUAAUGGAGGCCGGAAACAAGCUCCUUGAACCUGUCUCGUCUGUUGAUGAGCUCAUCAAUCUCCUCGAUCAAGUCGAGAGUUUUCUUUCAAGGGUGGAACAAUCACCAGGUCAAGCAAUGCAGAAUGCACUCAGUCAUUCACUUAAAGCAUUGAUUGCAGAGCAGCUUUUCAGACAUCCUGAUGAUGAUGUCAAAGUUGCAGUUGCUGCAUGCAUCAGCGAGAUAACAAGGAUAACUGCACCAGAAGCUCCUUAUCUUGAUGACCAAAUGAGGGAGGUCUUUAAACUGAUCGUAUCAUCAUUUGAGAGUUUGUCUGACAAGUCGAGUCGAUCAUAUAUUAAGAGGACCUCAAUUCUUGAAACUGUUGCCAAAGUCAGAUCGUGUGUGGUGAUGUUGGAUCUUGAAUGUGAUGCUUUAAUCAUUGAGAUGUUCCAGCAUUUCCUUAAUGCAAUAAGAGAUUAUCAUGCGGAUACUGUCUUUACAUCAAUGGUAACAAUUAUGACACUUGUUUUAGAAGAAAGUGAAGACAUCUCUAUGGAGCUGCUCUCCCCGAUCUUAGCUAGGUUAAAGAGAGAUGAUGAGGAGGUUCUUCCAAUGGCUCGGAGGCUGGCGAGCAGUGUGCUUGAAAAAUGUGCAUCAAAGCUGAAACCUUACCUAACACAAGCUGUAGAGAACUCAGGAAUUCCUUUUGAGGAUUAUAGUACUGUAGUAGCUUCUAUAUGCCAAGUGGCACCCAAUGCUGUUGUGCAGAAUGAUGCUGCUACUGAAAAACGUGUGGAUGUUGAGAGCAAACCAACGGAGCCACCUUUGGACACUGCAAUCCAGGAGGGCAAAGAGAUUCCUAAAGAAUCAGUUUUAACUGAACAAGUUGAUCAUGCAAAUGAAAAAUCUCCAACUUCAGUUGUUAGUUAUGGCAUUGCUCAAACUGAUGAAAACAAUUCACUGCCUGAUUCAAACUCCUUAAAGAAGCAAGAGGAUGACUGCUUUGCUGAUGAGUCUGAGAAUGUUGACAAGUCAACUGUUGCUGAGCCUGAUGGAUUGGAAGGUGAGAAAGUGGUAAUUCCAGAUUCUAAGUUGGAACAAAGUACCAAGGAAAAACAGGGUAAAUCCCAUUCAAAAUCAACAGAACCUUCUGACAGCAUUCAUGUUGAUGGUAAGGAAGUUGAGACCUUAACAGGUCAGAAAGAUGACAGCAAGGAUGAUGUUCAUCCACCUUCUGAGGAUCCCUCUGUUGAUGGGGCUGUAUCCAACGAAAAUAAAAGACAGAAAGAUGUUCAGCCUUCCCUGACAAAAGCAACUGAGGAUGAAUCCAAUGAUGUUGCUUCCCCAGCGCCAAGUGGGACCAUAUAUGAUAAGAGCCAUUCAAACAAGGCAGCUCAGCCAAAAAAGAAAGAUGGCUUGAGCAAGAUCACACCUUCUGUUGACAAUGCCUUCAAGAUGUCAUCUGGAGCAAUGAGUGAUUCAGAAGACAAAACAAAUAAACGACCCGGGAAAAAGGUUGCUUCUGCAGUUUUGAACAAGGACACUGCUCUAGUCGAUGUAGAUAAAACUAAGAAGGAAAGUGGCACUGCAAGUGAUUCGGAGGAAAAAACACUGAAGCAGGUGUCAAAGAAGCUGGAUUCUAGUAGUAAUAAUGCAUAUGGAUCCUCAAAGAAAAUGGGGGAUAAGAAAAAGCGGCGAAAACUUGUUCUUCCUGAGAAGGAUAGAACCAAAAUCUCAACCAGUAUUGACGAUGAGGAAAUGGUUGAUUCUCCAAAGGCAGUGAAGCCGAACAAACAUGUUUCUCGCAUGGAUGAGAUUCCUAAGACAAAUUCCAAGAGAAAGCAUACACAAAGUGAAGAAAAAGGAUCUGAUACCUUAGAAUAUGAUGAGAAUCUAGUUGGCUUGAAGGUGAAGGUCUGGUGGCCUCUAGACCAUGCAUUCUAUGACGGUGUUAUCGAGUCAUUUGAUGCUGUUAUAAAGAAGCACAAGGUGUGCUAUGAAGAUGGUGAUGUAGAAAUUUUGAAUCUCAAGGAGGAAAAGUGGGAGGUGAUCAAAGAUGAGUCCGAGUCGAAUGAGGAGGUUGCAGCAUAUCGUCCAAGUCCAGAUGAUUCGUUCGAAAUCUCUCAAAAGAAGAAAGUGAAAGCUGCUGAUCAGCUGGUGAAGAAAGCCAAGAUGGAUGCUUCGCCAAAAAGGGGUGGAGGAGCUUCGUCCAGAAAAUCCAAGGGUGCUGCCAUGAAGUCUGGUAGCAAAAUAAAAGAUGGCAAAGUGGGUGGCUCCAAGAAUGUCGAUAAAUCAGACAUUGUUACCAAAGCCAAGGAUCAUACUCCUAAAACUGCAAGUAGACCAGUUGACAUUGGCUCAAAAGUGAGCAGCAAAUCCAAAAUUGAGGCUAGUGUCGACACACCCAAGUCUAUUAAACCCAAGGAUGGUGACAAUGCUACCAAAGCCAAGGAUCAUACCCCUAAAAGUGGUAGUAUACCAGUUGAUGUUGUUGCUUCAGAAGUGGGCAGCAAAUCCAAAACUGAGGACGGUGUCGACACACCCAACUCAACCAAACCCAAGGAUGGUGACAUUGCUACCAAAGCCAAGGAUCAUACCCCUAAAAGUGGUAAUGUACGAAUCGAUGUUGCUUCAGAAGUGGGAAGCAAAUCCAAAACUGAGGAUGGCGUCAACACUACCAAGCCAACCAAACCCAAGGACGGAGACAAACCCAAGGAUGGUGACAAUGUUACCAAAGCCAAGGAUCAUACCUCUAAAAGUGGUAGGAGACCAGUUGAAGUUGCUGCAGAAUUGGGCAGGAAAUCCAAAACUGAGGGCAGUGUUGACAGGCCUAAGUCAACCAAACCCAAGGCUGAUGACAAACCGAAGGAUGGCGACAAUGUUACCAAAUCUAAGGUUAAUGCCCGUAAAAGUGGUAUUGGACCAGUUGUCCUUGCUUUAAAAGCGGGCAGCAAAUCCAAAACUAAGGACAGUGUCGUCACACCCAAGUCAACCAAACCCGAGGAUGGCGACAAUGUUACCAAAGCCAAGGAUCAUACCCCUGAAAGUGUUAGUGGACCAGUUGACGUUGCUUCAGAAGCGGGAAGCAAAUCCGAAACUGAGGACAUUGUCGACACCCCCAAGUCUACUAAUCCCAAGGAUGAUGAAAACGCGAAAGCUACCCCAAAGCCGAAGCAAGACACCACAAAGACAACCAAGUCCAAGCAGGACACCCCCAAAGUUCCCUCCCAUUCCAAGGGCAAGCCUCUUAAAAUCGGUGGCAAAUCAGAUGCAAAUGGUGGCGGCAAGUCGAAAUCCAGUUCAACCAAGGUGAAAGAAAGCGAGAGCAUGAAAGAGAACCCAACUGUCCCAGCUGAGGUUGUGGAAACUCUUAAGCGGAAAGAACUGACUUCUUCUAUGGGACCGGGAACCGAUCCCAAGCCAGAAAAGAAGCAGCGAAAAGAGGUGAAAGCCACUUCAACUGCCGAGUCCUAGCCAGGGCAAGGGCUGAAUCUUGUCCAAUGUGGAACUUUGGCUGAACCCAAUUUUUUUUUUUUUGCAGCCUUUGACAUGCUGCGUUCACAGCUAGCCAUCCAUGCAUUCUGGUAUGGACUUUUUAGUUUUUAGGCUUACAAAUGCCUAGCAAACAUUCACAGUUACAGUUUCUAGUUUUUUAGUCUUUUUGGGCUAAAAUCAAACUCAUGCUAUUUAAGGUGCAGCUUUUACAUACAAUGGGGUUGGCCUUUUUACUUUAUGAUAAAAAAAGAAGAGCUGCUUUUAUAGACUAAUUUGGUUUUAUCUUCUGUUGAAUGCCAUUUUGUUUU